AUGUCAGGUGCUAUAGAUCCUUAUUCGGAAGAGCCAUUGACGUCUAGUGGUAGACCUUUGACAACUUCGACAUUGACAAUUAGAGUGAUAAAAUCCUUCCCUUACCGAAAUGUCAAAAAUUUUGUUCUGCAAAACUAUGAUUUAGAAAAUAAAUCUGCCAAGGACUUAUUCGAUGACUGUGUAAAGAAAAUUAAUUCCGAAGGUGCAUUUAGACCAUUCCGUAAUGUGCAAUACGAUAGUUUAAAGAUUUAUACCCAUGCUCACGGUUCCAAGACAGUAAAUCUGGUAAUCAAUUUCGACCAUGAUGAUAACUGGAUACUUAAUCUGAAAGACAAUCGUAAGCUUUAUGAGUACGGUAUUGAAAACGAGACUGAAAUAUCUUUAUUUAAAAUGCAAGACUAUUUGGAAUUUAAGGCCAAUCCAGAGGAAAAAUGGUAA